AGGCCAUUCUUAUCCUCAUCCAAACAAAACCCACGGAAGUAGAAAUUGCAGCGUCAAAUUCAAUCCCCAACUCCGCCACACCUAACAAUGGCGUUAUCUCCCGCGCUACUGCACUCCUCGGCGUCAGUAUUUCACGGCAACUUCUCCGUCCGGCUGCCGUCUCUCAAUUCCUCCGGCGUUCGAUGCGGAGCUCUCUCCGUUAAGGCGUCGACGGUCGUCCUGGUCGAGAAAACAGAAGCCGAGAAAGUCGACCGGCUCAAGACCACUUACAUUGAGAAAAUUGUGCCGCUGCUCAAAGAAGAGUUUAACUACACCAAUGUUCAUCAAGUCCCAAAAGUACAAAAGAUUGUGGUGAACUGUGGAAUUGGAGAUGCUGCCCAGAAUGCAAAGGGUUUGGAUGCAGCUAUGAAUGAUUUGGCACUUAUUACUGGGCAAAGACCGAUUAAGACGAGAGCAAAGAAGGCUAUUGCCACAUUUAAGAUUAGAGAAGGACAACCACUUGGGAUUGCUUGCACCCUAAGAGGCAGUUUGAUGUACUCUUUUCUUGAUCGGCUCAUCAACUUGGGACUUCCUAGGACGCGUGAUUUUCAAGGGGUGAGCGCAAAUAGCUUUGAUGGAAAUGGCAACUACAGCAUUGGCUUCCGUGAGCAGACUGUAUUCCCAGAGCUUAGCUUUGACAUACUUGGUAAGCCGAGGGGAAUGGACGUCUGCAUAGAGACUACAGCUAACACAGAUAAAGAAGCUCACAGGUUGCUGGCUCUCAUGGGGAUGCCUUUUAGAGAAGGUGCUGGUGGCGGCGGCCCUCCAACCACAAUUCGCAAGAAGAAGCUGAAGGCUCAUCACUUUGACUCGAAAUCGAAAUCGAGGUCGAAGCAGAAGACCAAGAAGAGAUAAGAGCUCCUCUCUUGUUGAUGAACAAUUUUUUGUAUUAAUGUUGACCAAGAAGACUAAUGUUUAUCUGUUCUUCUGAUGUGGACUAAGUCUUUAUAUAUUUACAUGGCAUUAGGCCAUUGUUUUGGAUA